AUGAAUGAAGUGGUCGUUGAUGUCGGAGUAGAAGAUGGAUCAUCAUCCCGAAAUCCCACGCUCAACAAUAAUAACAAACUAUCAAAAGGUUUUGGAUCGAGUAUGAAUUUUCCUACGAAUACCAUUGAAACUGCUGCAGAUGAUGGCGAACCAACGACAAGUGCUUUUGCACAGAUAUCAUCAAAAAAAGACUUCACCAAAGAGGAAAAGGUUCUUGAUGAUACAACACCAGCCCGAGGAUCGGUAGAUAUUGAUAGAUUUAUGGAAUCACACUCGAGACUUUUCAGAAGUAGAAGAACGAUAGCCAUCAUCAAUUCCAUUCCGAAGAAUAGUGCCGACCGGUCGUGGAGGCAAAAAAUGUACCUGAUUUUGGAACAUCCUAGGUCGAGUUAUGUGGCCAUGAUUGUUACCAUUAUUUCUUCGUUAAUGACUGUUAUCCAAACUGUAUGUUUGGUAUUGCGUUCAUUUCCAUUCUUCUUUCAAUUCGAGUUUUUGUGGAUAUUUAUUACUGGUUUCCUCUCAAUCUAUUUCAUGAUUGAAUACAUUUUGCGAAUGGUGGCCUAUGUGCAUACUUGGGGAGAUUUUAGACAUUUUGUAACUGGUGGAAUGAAUAUUAUUGAUUUUAUGAGUUGGAGCAGUUUUUGGAUUGAUUUGAUUUUAUAUGAAGCAGAUUUAAGCGACCACUUUUAUGCACAAACACUAACAGUGUUUAGAAUUUUACGUUUACUGAAAUUAAUCAAAUUGACGAGACUGUCAGCAAAAUUCCAACUACUUGUUGUUUCUAUCAGAAGAUCCUUUGAAUUAUUGUUAUCGUUAGUAGUGUUAACAGUAAUGGGAGCCAUUAUCAGCUCUACACUUAUUUAUUAUGCUGAACGUGGUUUGUUUGAUGCUAAAUCAGGCACAUGGCUUCGACCCGAUGGUACUCCAUCACCAUUCUCGAAUAUUAUGGUCUGUAUGUGGUUCUCAAUUGUUUCUCUGGCCACCGUUGGAUAUGGUGAUAUUACGCCAGUCACCGUAACUGGACGAAUUAUUGCUGUCAUGACCAUUCUCUCAGGUAUUGUGGUCAUGGCCUUACCUUCCAUGGCUAUUGGUGGUAUUUACAGCAAAUUAUUAGCAGAAUUUGAUGCAGCUCAAGACGAAACAGAAGAAAAGGAAAAACAAAAAGAAAGUGAAGAUAUGGGAAUUGAUCUUGAUAUUGAUGAAGCUGAGAAUGCACCCAAAGCCAUUACAGGCGGUGUGAUGGAUCCAUCUCAAUCUAUUCCAUCGUCAUCAAACGAACAAAAAUCAACAUGGCUCAGUGUGGAUGAAUUACUCUUUGGUUCAAGUUCUUCCUCGAAUAAUGCUUCUGGAAUUAGGAACAGUUCAUCCUUUGGAGAUUUGGGAGAUUGGUCCAAUUUGAAGGAUCCAACCAUUCGUAAAGAUUUACAAAACAUUGACGAAGGAAUUCUCACUCAACUCAUACAGCAACAAGAAUUGCUCAUGCAAGCAUGUGUGCAACAAAUGACAGAUAUGAAACUUGCCAUUGAAGAGAUGCAACUCAAUCGAAUGUUGUAA